AUAGUCGGAAAUUUGAAUGUACAUAAACCUCGCUCUUCUGCUGGCUGUCUCUCAUCUCCCAACAAGAGCAUAAACUGCCUCUUCAGACAACAGAGGAGAGAAAGGGUUCUGGUUUCAGCUGGUUGAUUCGGAGCCCGAACUCGUGAGUGCGUUGUUCUUCAGUUGUUCGCAACAAGAUGUCGGUGUUGAUCGUAACGAGCUUAGGGGACCUUGUCAUUGAUUUGCACACCGACAAAUGCCCUUUGACCUGCAAAAAUUUCUUGAAGCUUUGCAAGAUUAAGUACUAUAACGGAUGUCUAUUUCACACUGUUCAAAAGGAUUUUACUGCCCAGACUGGUGAUCCAACUGGAACUGGAACUGGUGGUGAUUCUGUUUACAAGUUUCUUUAUGGUGAUCAAGCUCGGUUUUUCAGUGAUGAAAUUCAUAUUGAUCUGAAGCAUUCUAUGACUGGAACAGUUGCCAUGGCAAGUGCUGGAGAGAAUCUGAAUGCUUCACAGUUUUAUAUCUCUCUGCGUGAUGACCUUGAUUACCUUGAUGGGAAGCACACUGUUUUUGGUGAGGUGGCUGAAGGAUUUGAGACAUUAACUAGAAUAAAUGAGGCUUAUGUGGAUGAGAAGGGCAGACCAUAUAAAAAUAUCCGAAUCAAGCACACAUAUGUCCUAGAGGAUCCUUAUGAUGAUCCUCCUCAGCUAGCUGAGUUCAUUCCUGAAGCUUCUCCUGAAGGAAAACCUAAAAAUGAGGUUGAUGAUGAAGUGCGACUUGAAGAUGAUUGGGUGCCCAUGGAUGAACAAUUAAACCCAGCAGAACUUCAGGAGGUUAUUAGAGCAAAGGAAGCACAUUCUAGGGCAGUUGUACUUGAGAGUAUUGGGGAUAUUCCUGAUGCUGAGAUUAAGCCUCCAGACAAUGUAUUAUUUGUGUGUAAAUUAAACCCAGUUACUGAGGACGAUGACUUGCAUACAAUAUUUUCACGCUUUGGAACUGUAUCAUCGGCUGAAAUCAUCCGUGAUCAUAAGACUGGUGACAGUUUAUGCUAUGCUUUCAUAGAGUUUGAGGACCAACAAGCAUGUGAGCAGGCUUAUUUUAAGAUGGAUAACGCUUUGAUUGAUGACCGAAGGAUACAUGUGGAUUUUAGUCAAAGUGUGGCAAAACUUUGGUCACAAUACAGGCGGAAAGAUCAAAAGGAUAAAGGUGGUGGUUGCUUCAAGUGUGGUUCUACAGAUCAUAUUGCCAAGGAUUGCACUGCAGAUGCUCCAAUGAGACAGCAACCUGCAAAAUACAUCUUGAAGGAUGAUAACUCCCAACGUGGUGAAGAUAAUGCGAGAUAUGAAAUGGUUUAUGAUGGAGAUAACUCAGAAAGUCCAAGGCGAGAUGUAAUCAACAGAAGGCAUGACAAGGAUGACCUGGUUGAGAGAAAAGGUAAGAAGGAAAAUUUUGAGCAUAGGAGUCAUAGAGAUCGGGAGACGGGAGGCUCAAACAACAGAGAUAGGUAUGGUGAUAGAGGCAAAGGGCAUGGGGGAAAUGUAGAUGACAAAGCACGAUCUGGAAGAGGUGCAAGAGAUUUGGAUUCCCAUUCUGACAAGAAAGACAGGGAUAGCCAUAUGGGAAGACAUAGAGAUGAUGAUUACAAGUGGAAAGAUGAGCGUGACUCAAGAAGCGACCGUGAUAGCUACAUAGAAAGGCUAGCUAGUCGUGAUGAUAGGACAAGAACAGAUUCUAGCCGUAUGGAGAGAAGGAAUGACAGAGAUUACAGGAAGAGACCUGAAGAUAGUGGACGAAGGAAAAGAAGCCCUGAUGAUGGGGAUUACAAAUAUAGAAGGGAUGAUGACGAUUACAAACGUAGAAGGGAGGAUGAGGAUUACAGACAUAGAAAGAAAGAGCGUGGACAUAGAAGACGAGAUGUUGAAUCUGAUGAUUAUCCUCAUAGGAGGCAUCAUGGUGAGAGGAGAUGAUUAUUGUGUCACUAUAUCGUAAUGGUAAGCACAGAACAUUUUGUCAAUGCAAGUAUAGGCCAUUAAAGGACGGCUCUUCUUUGAAUGGCUUUCAUGGAUGCCCUUUUUACUUUUUUUUCUUUUUUUUUUUUCUGGUGGAGCAAGAUUAUGAUAUGUUUUGGUUUUUGAAAUAUUCUAUGUUGAUUAUUAGGCAAUGAAGUCAAUGAUUUUAAAUUUUUC